AUGAGUACCCCUGUGGCGGAACAGAAGAAGCAACUCGAGCAACUCAUGGAAAGUGAUUCCCUUAGUGGACAUCACAGAAAAUCGCACUAUAAAAGUUAUCAGCGAGAUCUAGGAAUAUAUGAUCCCAGAAUAUGUAAAUCCUAUCUUGUGGGAGAAUGCCCAUACGAUCUCUUUCAAGGAACAAAACUAAGUAUGGGCAGAUGCCCUCAAAUCCAUUCGGCCAAAUACAAGCUCAUAUACGAAAAGGAGGAGAAAAAAGGUAAGAAGUUCCCCGAAUUCGAGCAGGAAUACCAUGCAUUGCUUUCCAGAUUUGUCAACGAUUGUAAUGGUCAGAUCGCUAUGGCACUAAAGAAAUUAGAACACACUCCUGAAGAUAGGGAACGCAUUAAGCAAGUCACCGCAGAGUUGGAUAUCUUAGAUUCCAAAAUAGGGUUGAUGAUCGAGGAAAUCGAAUCAUUACUACGGGCGAACGAGGUUUCAAAAGCGCUACUGCAGGGAUUAAAAUUGCAAGCAAUGCAAGAAAGAAGGCUGGAAGUGGCCAAAAGAGUCAAGAACAUAACAGAAAAUGUGGGGCAAAGUGCCCAACAAAAACUGCAAGUUUGUGAAGUAUGCGGAGCCUACUUGUCCAGAUUGGAUACCGACAGAAGGCUGGCAGAUCACUUCCUUGGAAAAGUUCAUUUGGGAUACGUCAAGAUGAGAGAAGAACUCGAACGAAUGAAGCAGAGCAUAGGAUCAAACAGAUAG